AUGCUGGCAUUGCAGGUGUACUCCACCACACAGGUGUUUGCUGACUCAUAAGUUGUGCCACCUGUCCCUUUCUAGCUUAUCUAGUUUCUUCAUCACCAAGAGUUAGGGGGACAGUUCCUAACCUUGAGUGUAGGGAGUUGGGAGGGCUCCGGAAAGUAAACCAAAAUUCUACGCAAGUCUUAUUUGUGACCUCAAUGAGAUAUUUGUUACUGAGUUUCAGAGAGGUGGCAAUCAUUUAUGGGUCCCAGCCCAUACAUACAUGUUCAUAUGUUCAUACAAACAUACAUAAGUACAUACAUGUGUGUGUAUGUAUGAUAUAUGUAUGGUGUGUGGGUGUGUGUGUGUGUGUGUGUGUGUGUGUGUGUGUGUAUGAAAAGGAAGUACCAGUCCUUCUUGGAGGAGCUUCUCUAGGCACAAAGCUGGCUGCAGGUACUUUCUUCAUUAGGGAGCUGCUGCCCUCUGCUGGACGAGACAGAGGAAGCAACUCAGUGAUCACUUUGGAAGUCCUGGAAGAGACCAAAGUGGAUACUGGUUGGAAUUAUGUGUUCACAAAAGCAUUCUGGAAAGAAAAAUUCCUUGAGAUCAGAGGCUGAGCCCUACCGGUAUAAACUGGCAGAAUCUUUACGCACUAGCACACCCACUGUAAGACCCUGGGCAGAAACCUUUUAGCCUUUUAAGUGGGGGUAAGGUCAUUACGAUGCAUCUGAGCUAUACACGUGCCCUAGCCUUGACCUUUGGCCUUGGCCCUCACUUGCUGCUAGAGAUGAGGGAAUGGGGGGAGGAAGAAGGGAGAGCAGGAAAGAAAAGUGAGUGGAAGCAGGGCAGGUGUGUGUACACAAGUUUGUAUUCCUUGACAGCUGACCUGACCCAGCCGCCUUCACAAAGCACAAUAGGUCUCUACUAUCUGGGGUUUUGGGGAAAAUGCAGGGCUGCCUCUGAGGUAUGGCUAAUUGUUCUGUGUUUGGUUCAAGGAUGAGACUUUUGGGCUCAGGUCUUCAUAGGAGACUCGACUUUAGCUAGGCAUCUUGUUUAUGGCUGUGAAGUUUUGGUAAAUACAUCCAUGUCCUGAGAAAAAUGUAUCCCAUGCAUUCCUUGUGGUUUAUUGCUAUUUUGAUGUAGAAAUCAAGUCUCAACUUAGAGGAGAAGGCAAAGUGUCCCUGUACCGUGUGAAACAAGAAACUUAGGCUGACUAAGACUCUUGAUCUGAACACAUACAUGGCUAUGCUUGUUUUUAAGUCUGAGGUAUUCUGGUUCCUCCCAGGCAGAAGCUAAGCCCACAGAUUGUUUUGGGAGACAUAGCCCAUCAGGCAGCUUCUGCCAUAGUGUCUCUCUGAGCUGGAAUGCCUGGCUGACCAUUCUUUAAUGAUCCUUGUCUCCUUUCAGCCCUUCUGUUAACCAUAUGCUGGUGUCACCUUAAGAACCCAGCAUCUGUCUGAUAUAAUUAGUGAAAUUUCCCAUGAUUCUUCAUGAGAUAUGAGAACUCCUCUAAACCUUACCUAGAUGCUGAAGCCAGCCAGGGGAUCUCAGGCCCCUUAAACCUCCCUGUGAGAUGAUAUACCAUUUCUCCUUAGGCUAACCCUUUCCUGUGCUGGUUGUUGAGGCAGAUGUAUCUGUGCUUGCAUUCCCUGAACAAUGAGUGAGUGGGGCCUCACUGGGACAUGAGGUUCUGGAUAUGAUUGAGAUGAGAGAAUUUUACAAAUUAUUUAUUACGUGUAUGGGUGUUUUGCUUGCAUUGUGUAUGUGUAUCCCAUAUGUGUCUAUCUUGUACAGGCCAGAAGAUAGCAUUGGAUUUCCUAGGCCUGGAAGUGUAGAUGGCUGUGAACCACCAUGCUGGGAAUAGAACCCUGGUCCUCUGGAAGAAUAGCCAGUGCUUUUAACUGAUGAGCCAUCUCUCUGGCACCAAGUUGAUGGUCUUGAGAUAAUGAUAACGGAUGUCUCAAGCCCCAGGCUUAGAUCCUGCUGGAAAAAUACCACAUGAAUUUUCACUGCCAGAUGCGCUACCUGAACACUGAACAGUCCCUGCUAGAACCUCUGCUGUGAGCAAUCCAAAAGCUGGCCAAUAUUCUUCUGACUGGCCAGGCUCCAGCCCUCAAGUAUUCCACCUGCUAUGUUAUCUGGACGCCCACUAAGUGCAGCACCCUCCACUGUGCCUUUCGGACCAGCACCAAGAAGAAUGUAUCCCUUCAUCCCUCCAGCUAGACUACUACCAGGAUCUCCAGGAUCCUUUCUUCCUUCUGGACCAUCACGUCCCCAACGUAGUGGUCCUUAUCCAGGCCCUGCUGUACGAGUCCCUGGCCCCACAAGGCCAUAUGUUACAACAAAUAUGCCCUUUCCAGAGCUACCUAGGACAGAUAGCGCACCUAUAGAUCCAGCUGGUCCUUCAGGUACACAGGGAUCUAUGUCUUCUGGACCUUGGGCACCAGGAAUGGGAGGGCAGCAUCCUAAUGUGCCAUAUCUAUUUCCAGGGCCAUCUCCCACACCUCCUCUUCCAGUGUCAGGAGGACCACCUGUUGCAUGGGUCACAGUGCCACCAGGAACCUGGGAACCACCAGCACCAUAUCCUACUCCUGAAGUAUCAUAUCCUACCCUAGGACUCCAACCCUCUCCGAAUAAUCCUUACCAACUGCCUCCAGGACCUUCUGGUGCUUCACCAAUGCCUGGUAGCCUCCAUAAAGUGAAUGAUAUCCCAGAUGGCUCCCAUUCUGAUUCAUCCAACCCGGAGAGCACCUUGGAGACCACUGGGCAACGGAAGCACCUGAAGGUAGACAACAAAUCCAUUAAGAGGAGACGUUCCAAGAAGAAGAGCAAGCGAGUAACCUGGGGAGACAUCAAGACUUUAACUCAUAAAGCCGAGACCUUGGGGAAGCAACAAGGACACAAUACUACUGACCCCAAAAUGAUGCUGUUAUGUUUAAUGACUAUGUUACAUGUUAAUUCUCAGCAUGAAAGUGAAGGGUCCAAAUGACUUUUGUCAAGGAGGAUAAAAGGCACACCUGUAAAUAAACAGUAUAAUGUUUUG